CGCACUUUAUUUAUUGUUGCGACACCAUGACUCAGAAAAUGCCAGAAGCUCACUUGUGAAGUCAAGUCACCUUCGUCUUCCUCAUUUCAUCUCUCUUUCACUCCCUUGCUUCAACCGGACUUCAAACUCAGUCUUCAACCGUUUCGUUUGUUCUUUGUUUCUUGGAGUUGGUGUCAUGACCCGCUCCCAUUGAAUGGAUCUCGGUUGGAUCUUCAGUUAAUCGGUGUUGAGUGUUGAUAGAUGGUGGAGGAGUUGGAGUCAAACGGCGUUGGUUAGUGACAUAAAUGAAGCGAAAACAGCAGAAGUUUCACUUUUAUAGAUGGAAACGGAAAAUUUUUGCCGCCAUUUUGGUAGGAUUCUGUUUAGUCAGUUUGGUGUUGAUGCAGAGUAAUUGCACGAGAAUUAUCUCUCUACGACAUCGUUUCGAUCAAAAGCCGAAAAUUGCCUUCCUAUUUAUUGCCAGAAAUCGGCUUCCUCUCGAAAUGGUUUGGGAUAAAUUUUUCAAGGGAGAGGAGAAUAGAUUCUCAAUUUUUGUGCACUCGAGGCCUGGAUUUAUUUUUAACAAGGCAACAACAAGAUCGGUCCAUUUUUUGGAUCGUCAAGUUAAUGAUAGUAUACAGGUAGAUUGGGGAGAAGCUAGUAUGAUUGAGGCAGAGCGUAUAUUGCUUAGACAUGCGCUUGAGGAUCCUUACAAUGAGCGCUUUGUUUUUCUAUCAGACAGCUGCAUACCUCUAUACAACUUUGGUUAUACAUACAACUAUAUCAUGUCAACAUCAACUAGUUUUGUGGACAGCUUUGCUGAUACAAAGCAGGGUCGGUACAAUCCGAAGAUGUUUCCUAUUAUCCCUGUUCAUAACUGGAGGAAGGGAUCUCAGUGGGCUGUUCUGACAAGAAAGCAUGCAGAGGUGGUUGUAAAUGACAGUACUGUGUUUCCAAUUUUUCAACAGAAUUGCAAGAGGAGAUCACUACCUGAGUUUUGGAGGGAACACACAUCUCCAAUUGAUCCAGCAAAGGAGCAUAAUUGUAUACCAGAUGAACAUUAUGUUCAGACUUUACUGGCUCAAGAAGGCCUUGAAGGAGAACUAUCACGAAGAUCAUUGACAUAUUCGGCUUGGGAUCUUUCUGCCUCCAAAGACCAUGAACGCCGUGGUUGGCAUCCUGUGACUUAUAAAUACUCUGAUGCCACUCCCAAGCUUAUUCAAUCUAUAAGGGAAAUUGAUAAUAUCUAUUAUGAAACUGAAUAUCGGAGAGAAUGGUGUAGCAACAAAGGGAAACCAUCCAGAUGCUUCCUUUUUGCCCGAAAAUUUACCAGGCCUGCUGCUCUCCACCUUCUUAAUAUGUCUGUACUGGGAGCCGAGAAUGUCCAAGGAAUGAAUGAAACAGCGGCAAAGUAAAUGUUUUAGAUGCUGAAGGACUUGAAAAAAGAGAAAAUGUCUAAUACGGUGUCGUAAAUUUUCUCAUUUUUUAAAACAUACAUCUAAAUAAAAUGAAAUUUUAUUA